AUGUCAUGGUGGAGGGACGACGGAACAGGGAUCAUGAAGGGAGAGGUGAUGGUGAGGAGGGAGAACGACAACAAGACAUGGAGCAAGAAAGUGAAGCAGGAUGCGACAUGCUGGCAGAACUUGAUGAGGGGAGAGCCUUCCUCUUGCCGACAGCACUCUGCCGAGAAUGGACUGACGGACAAAGCACGGCAUGGCUCGGCAGCCAUGGAGAGAGCGAGUGCAGCUGAUCUGAGCCCCUCGAGUGCAGGACAGAUCGAUCAUGUUGUUGAGGGGCGUGAGAGGAGGGAAAGUCAUAACGCUCUCCAUCGCAACCCAUCAACGACAGGUACAGAACCUGUUCCAAUGUCGACCUGGCCGUCGAGGACAUGGCGGAGGGUCUUUCACUCUCAACAAACCGUGGAUAGAUAUGAAGCUUUCCUCACCUGCCAGAACUUGACCAUUCACCCGAACGGCAACAGCAGAUGGAGGACCUCAGUCAAGCACGUUAUCCCAAUCUCGACCAUUCAGAGCGUCUGGACGUCAGACUCGGUGUUCUAUCACCACCUACACGGCAAACAGCAUCACGAUAUCAACAUGCCUGUGGAAGAAAACGUUUUCAUCUUGUUCAUGGCAGAACAUGUGGGCAAUGUGUUGUGCCGGCUCUAUGGUGACAACUAUGGCAUCCGACCGCGUCAGAUUGUGACAGUAACAUGCAACAACGAUGAGGACGCUGAGCGUUGGAGCGGCGCGAUCAGGAGGCUCAUGGAGAGACAAGAGUCGUUACCUCGACCCACUGGCGCCCUGAGGUUCUGGCAGAACCGGUGCUGGGAGUACUACAACGGGUUCUCGAGGAGAUGGCUCAACUGCGCCGUGCUCAUAACUUACUUUGCUGGCAAUGUAGUCGAAGUUGUCUUUCUUUCCUACUUUCAGACCCCCGAAGAAAUCCAACGGACGUUCACUCAAAUCUACAUCGCUUUCUCCGUCUUCUUUACCUUCGACGUCUGCACAUCGUUAUAUAGCUGCAUGGACUGUCAUAGAGUCUUCAUCUACCUGUCUGACUUUUGGAACGUGUUUGAUAUCGUCAUGGUCUCAUUGAGCUGGGCAUCCAUCAACUACGUCACUGCCUCUUCCUCCUCCAACUUCUGGACGGCCAUGCCUCUCAUCAGAACAAUCCGGCUGCUCAAGAUGGUCGACGUCUACCGGGGGUUCGGCUACAUCGUACACGCGAUCCGCAUGGCCGUGCCGGAGAUGGGCAGUACCUUGCUCGUGACUGUCAUGGUGUACGGUAUCUUCGCCAUCCUCGUGGUGAAUCUGUUUGCUGCUGACUCGCCACGUUUGGAGUUGAUCAUAGCUUUUACCCUCCUCAGCCUCGUUAGCGCUGUCUUGAUCAACAACUUCCUGCUGUUCAAAGGAAGAAUGGCGCAGGAGUCUUGUGCUUCAGACUCAAAGUACAUCGAUCUACAACAUGUUGCUAAGAAUCCCCUCUACCAAGUAUCGCUAAAGAUCAUCCAGGAGGACGUGGUUGGAGACCAGAGCCGCCUCACUCGCAUGGCGCAACUGAUCUCGGACAUGUGGGAGGCGCUGCGAGCGGAGGACAAGCACUGGCUGACCUACGAGGAGCUGAAAGAGAGGAUGAAGCAGCUGGACUUUUCGCCUCCUGUGGUCAUACCAAGGUCCCUUCCUCCCUCCUUCAGUACCUUCUUCUCCUCCUCAGGACGUGAGGACAUCAUUGACGUGAGGGGGUUCGAGCUUCUCAUCAGAUUCGCAUGCACGACAAGCGAGGUCCACAGGAUCAACGAAUUCUGCAGCAGCAAGGAGAAGUCAGGGGAUCUGAACGUCUUCAAGCUCUACUUCCUCCAUGCCCUCAAUGCCGUGGUCGAGCUUGGAAGCAUUGUUAGAAAUAAGGAGAAGGAGGAGGGGAAGGGGGAGGGAGAGGAGGGGCUGGCAAAUCAGAUGACAGCACGGGAGCUGGAGCUGAGUGAGAGGGUGGCUCAGACCCGUCAGAGCUGUCAAGCAGCAGAACAUAACGAGAGGGGGUAA